ACAUACCACAUUCAGUCCGCAGUAUCUUGCACCUGCCUAUAAACAGCGUCGAGUUCCCUCCAGGUAUCCGUUACCCAGGCUACAUCGAAUUCAUUCUCAGACGAUAUAUAUAAGCUGACCACAAUCGAACGCGCGCUCCCACCCCCUGUUCUUCUCGACCCAUCACCCCCUUUACCACAAGUCGAACGAUGUCCUCUGCUGUAAACGGUGGCACUGACAGGAAGGACCGUCUUCCUUCUCCUACUGAGAGUACGUCUUCCCGAGGGAAUGUCGUCGAUCAUUCAGCUCCGAAUGUGACUGACGAUGUGGCCACCACUUCGCGUGCACCGGGAGAGCCUGGUAAGCAUGUUAUCAAGGUGCAGCCUUUGAAGAGGUCCGAGAUGCAGCCUUCGUAUGCUCAAGACCUGGGUACCGGCGAGGUUACCCACGGUCUCUACGGCUCAUGCUUGCAAGCACUCGGUGCCUGCGUUGGGGUCUGUGGUGCUAUUCCUUGCUGCCCGUUCCCCAACCCUUUCCGCGAAGUCAAGCAAGGCUCAGUCGGUUUGGUCUCCCGCUUUGGACAGUUCUACAAAGCCACAGACCCCGGCCUUGUGAACGUCAAUGUCUGCACCGAAUCUCUUCGAAUCGUCGACGUAAAGAUCCAAAUAUCGCCCAUCGGUCGCCAGAGCGUCAUCACGCGCGACAAUGUCAACGUCGAAAUCGACUCGGUGAUUUACUAUCAGAUCGUGAGCCCGUAUCGUGCUGCAUUCGGUAUCACAGACUUGAAACAGGCCCUCAUUGAGCGAGCACAAACCACCCUCCGUCACGUCGUCGGUGCCCGCGCUGUCCAAUCCGUCGUCACCGAGCGUGAAGCCAUCGCCUUUGAGAUAGCCGAAAUCGUCGGCGACGUAGCCGACAAAUGGGGUGUCGCAAUCGAAGGCAUCCUCAUCAAAGACAUCAUAUUCUCUGCCGAAGUCUCCGCCUCUCUCUCAUCUGCCGCCCAGCAGAAGCGUCUCGGAGAAUCCAAGGUCAUCGCCGCACGCGCCGAGGUCGACUCUGCUCGGCUCAUGCGCCAGGCAGCCGAUAUCCUCGCUAGUCCGGCCGCUAUGCAGAUCAGGCAGUUGGAGGCUUUGCAGCAGAUGGCGAAGAGCGGGAACUCGAAGGUUAUCUUCGUGCCGAUGCAGUUGCAGAGUGAUGUGGUAGGGCAAUUGGCUCAGCAGAGUGCGGGAGCUGGGCCAUCAGGGGCUACAAUCAAGGAUGCGGAAGGACAGGGCGUGGAUUCGGUUGCAAGGGCAGGGCUGUUGAACAGCAUGGCCGAUAUCUAGGAGGUCAUUAUCACUUGAAUCAGUGCGACACCUUCGUGCUGCUGUAUUCUUUUCUGUUUCAUUCCAUGCCUUGCCCUGCUCUUGCUUGUGUUUUGUCCUCGCCUUCUUUGUGGAUCCUACCUUAAUGAUUCCCUGCGUCAUAUUCCCUUACUCUACCUUGUACUACCGUCUGUACGUUUGUUCUCCCUCAUCCGUUUCUACGAUGCCUUCGAUUUAGCUACGACUUUUGACGUUUCUACCGACGUUUGUUACCCAUGUUAUGCUGGCUCAUGUGUUUAUUUGUACGACCAUUCCUUGACCGGAAGCUGUGGAAUCUAGUUCUUUGACUCCCAGAUUUUUACCACGAC